AUGAAAUAUAGAGGAAAUAAACUAGGACGUAUUGAUAUUCAACUUAUUUUACAAGUCGAGACCGAAAUUAAAUACUGGAAAGAAGUUCUAACCAGAAUAGUAGCUGUGGUGAAAUCAUUAAGUUGUAGAGGACUAUCAUUUAGAGGUCAUAAUGAUAAAUUUGGAUCAACUCAUAGUGGCAAUUUCAUCAUGUGUUUGGAACUAAUAGCAGAGUUUGAUCCUUUUCUAGCUAAUCAUAUUUCAAAAUUUGGAAAUAAGGGUAAAGGAAGUACUUCUUAUCUAUCUUUUUCUGUGUAUGAAAAGUUUAUAGAAAUGAUGGGUGAGAAAGUUAAAAACACUAUUAUUAAUGAAAUAAAAAACGCCAAGUAUUUUUCAAUUGUGGUUGAUUCAACCCCUGAUAUUUCACACACGGACCAACUUGCAUGCAUAUUUAGAUAUGUGAAAACUAAUGGUGAACCUGUAGAGAGAUUCUUACAAUUUAUUGCUAACUCUGGACACAAAUCUGAAGAUUUGGCAGAUGCAAUAUUUAUGGUGAUUGGUGAAAAUGAACUAGAUAUUAAGAAUUGUCGAGGGCAGUCAUAUGACAAUGCAUCAAACAUGUCAGGUGUGUAUUCUGGACUUCAAGAUAGAAUAAAAGGGGCAUGUCCUUAUGCUAUUUUUGUCCCAUGUGCAGCACAUUCAUUAAACUUAGUAGCAGAGUACGCUGCUAAUUGCUGUACAGUUGGUACUGAAUUUUUCAAUUUUCUUCAAGCUUUAUACACAUUUUUUUCUGCAUCUACAUAUCGUUGGAAAAUAUUGAGUGACUACCUGACUAAUUCCAAGAAUAAAACAUUAAAAAGAUUGUCUGGUACUAGAUGGGUAGCUAGACACGAAGCUUGUUCAAGUCUUUCUCAAAACUGGACAGAACUUCUUAAAGCAUUGAACAGUUUUGUUGAAAAUCCAAUGGAAAAUUGUAAGACAAAAUGUGAAUCAACUGGAUUAAUAAAAAAAACGAAUAGCUUGGAAAUGUGUAUUCUCGUGUCAUUUUGGAAUGAUAUUUUAGAGAGGUUUAACAGUACAAGCAAAAAAUUACAGACUAUUGAAAUUGAUCUGACAAUUGUUAUAAACCUAUACACAUCUUUAAUUCAUUAUAUAACAGAUUUAAGAAAUACUUUUUCACACUUUGAAAAACUAGCUAUGGAAAAAUCUGAAAUUAAAGAUUAUAAAGUUGUCAGGAAGAAGAAAAGAAAAGUACCAUACGAUGAAUCAUGA